CCGUCCGUAACCUGUGGACGCCAUAUUGCCCUCCUCAGCCGGAGCGAAACGGGAAGGAGGCGAGAGGAAAAACAACAAAUAAAACACGAAAAAAGCAACAAAACACGCUCAAGUGCUGGCUUGAAGUGAACGGGGUGAGACUUGACGGAUGUUUACGGUUGCUUUGGGGUCAGUGAACGACAGAAUGGCGAGCCCAGGAAAAGAGAACUAUCGAAUGAAAAGCUACAAGAACAAGGCCCUGAACCCGCAGGAGAUGAGGAGACGGAGGGAGGAAGAGGGGAUCCAGCUGCGGAAACAGAAGAGAGAAGAACAGCUGUUCAAGAAGAGGAAUGUGUGUGUGCCGCCAGGCGACGAGUCUAUGCUCGAGUGUCCCAUUCAGGAUCCUGACGUCAGCUCCACUGUCCCUUUAUCUGGAGAUGGAGUUAUAACUCAAGACAUGGUACAGAUGAUAUUCUCUGAAGACCCAGACCAGCAGCUAAUAGCGACCCAGAAAUUCAGAAAAUUACUCUCCAAAGAGCCCAAUCCUCCUAUCGAUGAGGUUAUCCUCACUCCAGGUGUUGUAAGCAGGUUUGUGGAGUUCUUAAAGAGGAGUGACAACUGCACUCUCCAGUUUGAAGCUGCCUGGGCCCUGACCAACAUCGCUUCAGGGACAUUCCUGCACACUAAAGUGGUGAUUGAGACAGGAGCCGUGCCCAUUUUCAUUGAGCUGCUUAACUCGGAGUACGAAGACGUGCAGGAGCAGGCUGUAUGGGCACUAGGUAACAUCGCGGGAGACAAUGCAGAGUGUAGAGAUUUCGUCCUGAGCUGCGGUAUUCUACCAUCCCUGCAACAAUUGCUUGCAAAAUCGAACCGUCUCACCACGACCCGUAAUGCCGUUUGGGCACUGUCUAAUCUGUGCAGAGGCAAAAACCCUCCUCCAGAUUUUGCAAAGGUUUCUCCAUGUCUGAGUGUUCUGUCCAGGCUGCUGUUCAGUAGUGAUCCGGACGUGCUGGCAGACGCUUGCUGGGCGCUCUCAUAUCUGUCCGAUGGUCCGAAUGACAAAAUACAGGCUGUCAUCGAUUCAGGAGUGUGCAGGAGAUUGGUGGAGCUGCUCAUGCACAGUGAUUAUAAGGUGGUGUCUCCUGCUCUGAGGGCAGUGGGUAAUAUUGUGACUGGAGAUGAUAUUCAGACCCAGGUAAUCUUGAACUGCUCAGCGCUGCCCUGCCUGCUUCAUCUGCUCAGCAGCCCUAAAGAGUCCAUUAAGAAGGAGGCAUGCUGGACAGUGUCCAACAUCACUGCUGGAAACAGAGCACAGAUACAGGCGGUUAUUGAUGCCAACAUCUUUCCUGUGCUGAUUGAGAUCCUGCAGAAGGCAGAGUUCCGCACCAGGAAGGAGGCUGCAUGGGCAAUAACAAAUGCCACCAGUGGGGGCACUCCAGAGCAGAUCAGGUAUCUGGUGUCACUGAAUUGCAUUAAACCAAUGUGUGACCUGCUGACGGUGAUGGACUCCAAGAUAGUGCAGGUUGCUCUGAAUGGCCUGGAAAACAUCCUCAGACUUGGAGAACAGGAGUCCAAACAGAACGGCACUGGCAUUAACCCCUACUGUGCACUCAUCGAGGAGGCUUACGGUCUUGAUAAGAUUGAGUUUCUCCAGAGUCAUGAGAAUCAGGAGAUUUACCAGAAGGCCUUUGACCUGAUUGAGCAUUAUUUCGGCGUGGAAGAGGAGGAUGCCAGCAUCGCUCCUCAGGUGGAUCAGAACCAGGGCCAGUACAUCUUCCAGCAGCCUGAGGGGCCAAUGGAAGGCUUCCAGCUCUAACCCAGUCUUGCCCAGUUUAACCCUGCUCAAAACUACCCUAGCUAAGCUUCAGGUGCUGCUUCCAUCCUACCUGAAGCCACGACACACUCUCUCUCCCUCUGUUUCUCUCUCUGGAUUGGAGAAAAGGACUGCUAAAACAUCUCCAAAGCCCCAGAGUCCUUCUUCUCCCCGUCAACUUUUCCAAAAAGUGCGAUAAGAGAGUAGAUGAAUGAGGAAACCUAUGGAAUCCUGUAGGAGCUUACAGGAAUUAUCCUGUUGUGAACUCUACCAUGUCUCACAUAGACUUAUAGUAUUUGUUUUUUUUUUCUUUUUGUUAACCUCAAUAUCUUUACAAGGCAAGAACUGUUUGCUUUUCUUUCCUUCUUUGUUUUCAAAUUAUUAUUAUUAUUAUUAUUAUUAUUAUUAUUAUUAUUAGACAUUGGCACUGGUGUCCCAAAAGAAUAAAAAAAACUCCAUAUCCCUUUUGAAAUGUGAAACUACCUCUAUAAUCAUCAGCGAAAAAAAGUGUUUGGAAACAUUGAAAGCGCUGACAGUAGAGUUUUAUCCUGCUUUUUUCAAAUGCACACUGGUGUUUUCACUGUGUAGCCUUUGGCGCAUUCACAGCCACUUGUGAUUAGUUACAAACUGUAAUGGAUGAUUUUGAAUUUGCAUGGGCAAAGUUUAUUUAAAGUGAAAGAUAUUCCCUGCCUGUGUGAUCACACACAUAUACCUGUCUAAUGCUGUGUUUGUUAACAAGCAAACAAACGUCUAUCAUGAGAUCAGACCCAGUUCAAGACCUUGAAACUGCUGCCAUCUAGUGGUUGUCCUGAACUAAAAUAUUGGCACUGGCUCUUGUGCUUAUGGACAUUAUCAGAGAAGAGGAGCUUCUGGAGUUGUAUUUAUUGUGACUGAAGUCUGUGUGUGUGUUUGGAGAAGCUGGGCAGCCGGACUUUCGCACACUUAUCCUGCAGCGUGUAUCCUGGAGAUUAUUGAACGCUACAGUGCGUCUUAUUUAUAUAUCGGUCACAUGGCCAUUCUAAUGCAGUCUAUGUCUCCAUCCACCUUCAUGCUUUGUGAGGAACUGUGUGGGAGCUUGCAUUAUUGUUUUUUUUAUUAUCUGGGGUUUGUUGUGUUGAUCUGUUUCUGAAGAAAAAAAUCUUAUUCCUUUGUUGGCCAUUGGCUUUAAGAUAGAAAAUGCUCAGUUUGAUUUCAACACUUGGACUGGAAUUUACAUAUUCAAUGAAUAAUAAACAUGAAGUUGCUCCAGGACAACAAAUACUAAUGCUGGACUUAAAUGCUAACGGAGGGGCGUAGCUUUUCUGUUUUGGUGUUGAACUGUAUUUAAUCCAACCACCCUCCUGUUUAGAGGAACGUUGUCUGUUUUCCCCUUCGUAAAUGCCAUAAACACCUGAUGCAUAUCUGCCAUUUCUAUUAUUUGCUGGUUUAAAAACCUCGGUGUUAUCCUUUAUCUCAGGCUUUAUUUUGUUUCAGUUUGUCCCCGUUUACUGAAACGUCUGCAAACCACCCACUGUUUUCAGCAUGCUCUAUAUUGAUAAAAUGAAAUCUAUUUCAUUUAGCAUCGCAAUUUAGUUUUGAUUGCUCCAACUGGCGAGUCAGUAUGUCAAUAUAUUUACACAACAUUUGAGAUUGUAAAACAAGCACAUUCAAUGGUGUAUAGUUUUCUAAUAUUUCUCAUGUUUGUACAAUGUUUUUCAGGUUUGGGUUGCUAUUUUUUCCUUUUCCCCCUCUCCUCAUCGGGGAAAGUGAUUCCUCCUUUUCUU